AUGGAAUUUGCUACCAUUAGAGGUAAUUAUGAUGUAAACCAAUGCAUUGCUUUUUCUUUACAGAUGUUUACAGAUGGAAUCACAAAUAAACUUAUUGGCUGUUACGUGGAUGAAAAAAUGGAUGAUGUUGUCCUUGUGAGAAUUUAUGGGAAUAAGACAGAACUCUUAGUUGAUCGAGAAGAAGAAGUGAAGAGCUUCCGUGUGCUGCAGGCCCAUGGCUGUGCACCACAGCUUUACUGCACUUUCAGUAAUGGCCUGUGCUAUGAGUUCAUGCAAGGAGAAGCUCUGGAUCCAGAACAUGUUUGCAACCCAGAGAUAUUCCGACUCAUAGCAAGGCAACUUGCUAAAAUACAUGCUAUUCAUGCUCACAAUGGAUGGAUACCCAAGUCCAACUUAUGGAUAAAGAUGGGAAAGUACUUCUCACUUGUACCAACAGAAUUUACAGAUGAGGAGUUGCAUAAAAGGUUUCUAAAAGAUGUCCCAAGUCGUCAAAUUCUACAGGAUGAAAUGGCAUGGAUGAAGGAGAGACUGUCUAAUCUAGGUUCACCAGUGGUACUUUGUCACAAUGAUCUGUUGUGUAAAAACAUUAUCUACAAUGGAAAACAAGGUGAUGUUCAGUUCAUUGACUACGAGUACUCUGGAUAUAAUUACCUCGCUUAUGACAUUGGGAACCACUUCAAUGAAUUUGCAGGAGUGAGUGAGGUUGACUAUAACCUCUAUCCAAGCAGAAAGCUGCAAGAGCAAUGGUUGAGAUCUUACCUGGAAGCUUACAAGGAAUAUAAAGGAUUUGGAACAGAUGUCACUGAGAAAGAGGUUGAGGUGCUUUAUGUCCAAGUAAACCAAUUUGCUCUGGCCUCUCAUUUCUUCUGGGGAUUGUGGGCUCUAAUUCAGGCCAAAUACUCCACUAUUGACUUCGAUUUUCUAGGGUAUGCGAUUGUUCGCUUCCAUCAGUACUUCAAAAUGAAGAAUGAAGUAAUGGCAUUAAAACUUCCUGAGUAAAAUUUGAGAACUUCGGUUAUCCGCCUGUUGAUAAGAUUCCUUACUGUUUUUGUCAUGAGUACAGAUAAUAGGAAAAACUCUACAUUUGUAUUGUUCCUUUGGUGUUUUUUGUUUUUCAUUGCCUUUAAAUAACAAUGUAAACUUAAAAUGAAAGUCUUUUCUGAUAUUGUGGAAGGAUUAGAAGCUAAUGGAUUUCUGAAACAUUAAGAAAGCAAAUUUAAUCCUUUUUCUUGUAUUUUUUAAUGUGUUACAUGAAUUAUUUAUUACGAGUUUAACAUUCCAUUGCUGCUGUUUAUUGGUCCUCCUUAAGGGAGAGAAUGCAGGCUAUCAUCUUGUAAAGUUUUUACAUCUCAAAUUGAUACAGCAUUCAGUUGUUUAAUUAUGAACUAUAUCAAAUCUACACAGUAACAGACCCCAGUGGCACUCAAGUAAGUCACUGGUGCUGACUAGAGAUUAUAUCAGGGUGGAACAAAAUAAUGUUCAUCCUCUUGUUUCUCUAAGCUCUAGCAAAGUGCUGUGUGGAAAAAAUAACCAUUCUUGUAUAUAGUGGAAGCAAAAAUUUUGUGGAGGCCUGCUCACUUCAUUAAGGAAAUGAUACCCACUUUCUAUAGGUUUUUAAAUCUGAAGAGGGAUUUUAUCCUGAAAUGUAAGCUUUAAAUGACCACUCUUCCAGGUGUCAUGUCAUUUCCUCCCUAACAACAGUUUUUGAAAUCUUUGAACACCUUUGUUAUAUAGUUUAAGGAUAAAGGUAUUAGCUGGAUACUGUAAUAAAAACCAACAGUGCAUGCUGUUGAGCAAUCCUGUAAUGAUUGGGAGCAAAACUGUACCACUGAAUUCUUAUUUCUUUAGGCUUUGUGCGUGUUCAUAAUUUUCCUUGUUGGCUUCCUUGUCUUGAGUCCACCUUCUUUGUCCUCCUCUCUUAGUAAAUGGUAGUGGCAUUUGAAGAAUGAGAAUUGGUCAUGAACGUUUUGAUUUUCUUUUUCAAAAGCUAUCCUACCAAGAAUGAUUUAAAUUUCAAAAAUGUGAAAUGAAACACAAUGUUUACUUAACUAGUGUAUGUGUGAGAGCAUGUGUGUUUAAGAAUGGGGAAGUGGCUUUAAACUUUGAAAGUCACUAUACUGAGUUGAAUAGUAGUUUCUGUUGGUUUUAUUUUUUUCCACUUUUGGUCACUUAAGUGCCCAUAUAUAUACCUAAAUAGGAAUGAAGUGAGGAACCUGUUGCCCAGACUCAAUAAAAAUAUUUAUUCAGAUAUAUUUUAUAAGACUCUGUAAAAUAACCAUUGGCUAAAAAAUAAGACUGACUUGAUUUAAUACAAUGAUUAGGAUAGAUGAAAAUUUCAACCCUAAGUCAUUGAUAAGAUCUUCUGUUCACAGAAAUAAAAACAUGAUGAGAUAUAUUUUGAGAUGUAAUAUUUCUAAAAUCACUGUCUUCAAAUGUCCCAAAUUAGAAUAGUUCUAUUCGGCAGUGGAAUUAAUUAAGAGAAAGUUAAGGUACAAUCUGUAUUCUGUUAUCAGCUUUCCCCAAUGUGGUGCUGUGUGGAUGUGAUGAACUUAACUGCGUGGUUAAUGCUGAGGUUCAGUUUAUCUGGAUGGUAACAGGAAUUAUAUUCUACUCAUACUUAAAACUUUCAAAGGGGAGGGUAGCUUUGCUUUUAAGAUACAUUUCAGCUCUUACCACAGUAUACAUAAAUUGGGCAGCUUCUCUUGAUCAGUGUUGAGCCAAUAAUUAAAGGUAAUGUGUAUUUUAUGAGGUAAAGGGUGUUGCUUGAGCUCUAGAAAAUAAGAAAACAGAGAACAGAUCUUUUUUAUGUCUUUGUAUUCAUUUUACAUAGUCUUUAAUGCCAUCUUACUGAUGAGGCACUUGGGAAUUCGACAGAAUUAAAUUACUGAAAGCUUUGAUUUUCAAAAAGCCUAAAAUUGCUUUGCUCAAAAUGCUCUCUGAAUUAAACCGUUACAGAAUGUUACUGUUGGAAAAAUUCAAGUAAAUGUGACUUUUCAAGCUAGGUUUUUCCUACACCAGCGAGGCUUAAGGCUUAGUAAUACUAGGAAAUGGCUACUUUAGUUCAUUAUUAUUAUGGUUAUUAUCAUCUUCAUCAUUAUUUUUGUUACAUAGAAAAUGAUAUCCAAAGUAUAGUUGUUCGGCCCCUCUAUUAAGCUGGAGAGAGAAGAAUGUGCCUCCAUGAUCACUGGAUGAGUCUGCAAAUAUUAUUGAUAAGCUUUUAUUAUGUUUCAGCUGAGCUUAGUUUGAACUAAUUAAAAGUUUUUAAAAUAUAUAUAUAAUGAGCUCUUUAGAAGAUAUGUAUUUUGGCUUGGUCUCCAAGGUGGCUGGAUUUCAAUCAUGUUUCCAUUUUUGCCAAAAUUGUGUUAGAUUGAACAUUUUCCAGCACAGUAUGUUUUUGAAUACAUACAAGACAUAUAAAAAUAAUUGGUGCUUUUAAGUCAUGUUAAGAGAAAAUAGCCAUUUACCUUGAAGAAUAGUGCAUGCAGCUUAAUAUGGUUCUAUUUUAUUAUUUCAGAGCUGUGGUUUUCUGCUCUCAGCUCUUUUAUUCCUAUUUUAAAUUGGUUUUUGUUUUGUUUUUGGAGAUGGCUUUGUCACACUUUCCAACUUGCUUACAUUUUUCAAGUACUUGAAUCUUUUAUUUUCCAGAGCUCUAGAAACAACCUCAGGUAAUUCUGGCUAUGACUUGGUAACAAACUAAUCUGUUGCCUUUACUUUUAAGCUAAAAUUUCUAAUGCCAUCACUAGUGACAUUGUUAUAAAACGUACUGAAAAUAGGGAGUUACUAGAAAUAUCAUUCAACACUGUAAACAUGAGCCUACAGACCAUAGUGGCCUAGUAGCUUUUUGUAAAGUAGAAAUACAUGAAUUUUUCAUCACACUGGCAAUCAGACCAGGUUAAUCAUCAUACCUGAUGGAUUCAGACGUCAAAGCUUCCUUGGUAAUGGUGGUGGAUUUAAAAAAAAACGUAUUGUUUUGAACUCUUGGCCUAGGGUUCUUAAUGUGAAUUUUGUAGAAGGAUUAGCUAAUCAAUUUAUGGUAACCGGGCCUGACUGUGUAUAUAUAAUAGUGUAAAUAACCAUUUGUAAAUUAGUGUGAAUUGUAUGGUACCUCGCAUUUAUGAAUCUAUGUAUUUUCAUUGUAUGUUCCCUUUUGUAGAAAUUGGAUGUAAACAAAAAUCCAGUUCUUGACAUCUGUUGAUCUCUUUUUGUUAAAUAGGCUGCCUUCAAGGGAAAUCCCAGUUGGAGAACAAUAGGGUACAGUAUCUGAGGAUACAUAUUAGCUUACAUAAGGUGUCUUUCUCAUUGUGUUUGUAGUGUCUGCCUUAGUAUUCGUACAUUUACUUUGGAAGAGGUGAUCAAUCUAAAAAAUGAGUCAGCAUAAUAAUUGGUUUUAAGUGACAAUAUCCAUUCUUCCAGUAGAAAGCAAAUUGGCUAAUUAUAAGAAAAACUGUUUUCUCUCAUAAUACAUAAUGAAAGUCCACUCUGAGUACUGCUUAACAUUUGUGGUUUGUCAUGCACAGGUGACUCUUGCUUUGAAAAACCCUUGUACAAAUUCCUUUCCCAACACUAGAGGCUCCUGGAAAUUAAAUAGCAACAUGAUCAAAGCUUGUGGAUAGAACUAGCUAAAGCAAAAGGAAGAUAUGCAUAUAUAAAACUACAGCAGCGAAAGUCAAGUCCUUAAAGCAAAUUAGAUGAGGAAUUUCCAUAAGACAUGUUUAAAUGAAUUAUGGUUUACUCCUGGUUAAUAUUGACAUUUUCAUAGAUUCAUUGACAUUCUCCAAAAAGUCUUGUACACAUGGAGCAAAAGCAUUUGUGGGCAUGCUUGAAGGUUGUUAAAGUUGCAAGCGUUCAGGGAUACCUUUUGCUGCUUCAGUGGUAAAACUGAUAAAAUUGAAAAUUUUCUCAAUUUGCCCUAAUUUUCUUUUUUGGUUUAAAAAAACCCUAUGCCCAAAAGUAAAACUUUGUCCUUGUCAAUCCUGGUAGGUGUUUUUGGAAAGUUGUAUUCUGUUCAGCCUGUUUUUUAAAAUUAAUUUACAUGUGCUUUUAAAAAUUUCCCAUGCACACAGUUACGUUGCAGGGGCUUGAAUAGUUUUUUUUGUGCAGAGCUGGCCUGGAACUCAGUUUCUGUUGAGUUAGACUGUCCAUAUAUAGAAAAUCUAAUCUAUUAUGGACAAAUGAUUGUUGGCUGCUGCAAAGCUAUAGAUCUUGAAUGACUAGAGACUUCCCAAAGGGAUACAGCCCUAUAACACCUGGUGGUGCAUGCCAGUUACUCUUGUGU